AUGCCCGGCCGAGUCGCCGCCCGUUCGACUUCUGCGGCCACGCGCAGGUCGUCGGCACAGCCCUCCGCAGGGCGUGCCCCCUCCGUGACCCCGUCAUUCGCAAUCCCCGAGGAACCAGCAUUGCCAUCAUCUUCGCCAAAUCUCCGUCGUGAUGUAUGCACAAUUUUCGCCGAUGCUCAGCGCUCGACAACCGGUCACCGUAAGCUAGUGGUGCGCCUGCGGAAGCUACAGGAAAUUUGCGCCGGCAUUGCGCAAAAGAGCAAAAAAGGGAAGGACCAGGAGCAAGAAAAGAUUGUGAUUCCCGAGGAGGAGACCGUUGCUGAGAAGGAGUUCAAUGUUGAGGUCGGCCGCUGUAUGCUUCGCAUACUUCCGAUCAAGAAGUCGGAGCCUGUUGGCGACCGCGUCUUGCGGUUUCUGGAUACCUUCCUUGCCCACGCGGCAGAGAAAGACAAUGAGCUGUUCGCUUCCAAAGGAGAUGAUGAAGAUGAGAUGCAAAGUGCCCAGGAGACUCCCACGUCUCGCCUGACCUCCAGCCUGGUUGCCCUUAUGAUCCCCAUGCUUGCGGCAAAGGACAAGAUGAUCCGGUUCCGCGCUACUCAGAUUAUUGCCCACAUCGUUAACUCGUUGGAGUCUAUCGAUGAUGAGCUCUAUCAUACCAUUAGAGGUGGCCUAUUGAAGCGCAUCCGUGACAAGGAGUCCUCUGUGCGAGUGCAGGCUGUCAUAGGUCUAGCACGCCUCGCUGGCAACGACGAGGAAGACGACGGCAACGACGAUAACUCCACGGCUCUCCUCGAGAAAUUGAUCGAAAUCAUGCAAAAUGAUACCAGCGCCGAUGUUCGCAAGAGUCUCCUCGCCAACCUCCCACUCGCCCCCGUUACCCUUCCCUACCUACUCGAACGAGCCCGUGAUCUUGAUGCUCCCACACGACGCACUUUAUACUCACGCCUACUCCCUACCCUCGGCGACUUCCGCCACCUGUCCCUAUCUAUGCGUGAGAAGCUUCUUCGUUGGGGUCUUCGAGACCGUGACGAGAGCGUACGGAAGGCGACUGGGAAACUGUUCUUUGACCGAUGGGUAGAGGAUUGCGCCGGCACAAACAACGAUCAGAACGAGGGCCCCACCGGCCAGCGCUCGCCACCUGAUAUCAAUGCCCUCCUGGAGCUUCUGGAGCGAAUUGACGUGGUCAACUCGGGUAUUGAGACCGGAAUUGCCCAUGAAGCCAUGCGCAGUUUCUGGGAAGGCCGAGCAGAUUACCGAGAGGCUGUCGUGUUCGAUCAGAACUUUUGGGAAUCUCUCACCGCAGAGUCGGCUUUCCUCGUCCGAUCUUUCAAUGACUUCUGUCGGGUCCAGAAUGAGGGCAAGUAUGACGACCUCGUCGAGGAGAAAAUGCCUGAGGUUACAGCACUUGCCUUCUUCCUCGGAAAAUAUCUCGAGGAGCUUCUACAACGUAAGAAGUCUUCCAAAGAGUCCGGAGAAGCAAAUGAUGAGGAUGCGGUGGAGCAAGAAUUUAUCGUUGAACAGCUUUUGCACAUUGCCAGCACCCUGGAUUACAGUGACGAAGUUGGUCGUCGGAAGAUGUUUUCCCUCCUGCGAGAGUCAUUGGCCGUGCCAGAGCUUCCCGAGGAGUGCACCAAACUUGUUGUAGAGACAUUGCGGUGCGCAUGCGGUGCCGAUCUUGCUGGCGAGAGCGAGUUCUGCAGCGUCGUUCUGGAAGCGAUUGCUGAGGUUCACGAUACCAUCAUUACGGAGGACAGCUUUGUGUCUGCCAAGUCAGAGAUCAGCGAUGAUACCAGCAGUCGACAUCAGUCUGAAACUCCAGGUGAAGAGGAGGAUGUGCCCUUUAAUAAGGAAGAGGCCAAGGCUAAGAUUCUCAAGGAGAUUGUGGUGAACAUGAAAUGCCUGCACAUCGCCCAAUGCAUGCUUGAGAAUGUUGAAGGACACUUGCAGCAGAACAUGAACUUGGUGACCAUGUUGAACAAUCUGGUCGUUCCUGCUGUACGAAGCCACGAGGCACCAAUUCGUGAACGUGGUCUUCUCUGCUUGGGUCUCUGCUGUCUGCUCGACAAGGUGAGUGAGUCCCCAGAAGAGACUUCGGAGUCUGAUGCUAAUUGGGUCAAGAACCUGGCGGAAGAGAAUAUGUCCCUGUUCAUCCAUUGCUACAGUAAGGGUCAUGAGGGCCUGCAAGUUACUGCUAUCCAAAUCAUCUGUGAUAUGGUUACAACCCACCCUUCACUGCUGGCCCCUAUCACCCAGUCGGACGGUGAGACAGUCGUGGCCCCGCCUAUGCAAAAGCCCUUGUUCAAGGUGUUUACACGGGCCCUGAAAGCCAGCUCCCCACCCAGUGUGCAGUCCGGCGCGGCCACAGCGCUGUCGAAGCUGCUACUUACCAACACCUUCGAGCCUUCCGGCGCUAACAUUCCAAUCGCCAUUCAAGAGUUUAACCGAAAUGCCGUGGAGAAUCUCCUGCAGGCCCUCGUGUUGGCUUUCUUCCAUCCACGUACCCGCGAGAAUCCCGCACUCCGCCAGUCACUAGCAUACUUCUUCCCUGUCUACUGUCACUCGCGCAUUGACAACACCCAACACAUGCGCCGAGUGGCGGUACCGGUGGUCCGGGCAGUCAUCAAUGCUGCGGAAGAGCAUUAUUCGCUCGAAGCCGAAGAAGAUAGUGAUGGGGAGAUUGACGAGAGUGUGGGUGAGCGUGAAAUCAAGGCACUGAUGACCGGUGUCAUUGGAAUGCUCGCCGAAUGGACAGAUGAGCGCCGAGUCGUGGGACUUGGUGGUGAGCGAGUUCUGGCUGGCGGCGCAGCUAGCUCGACGGCCUGCGGCUGGGUGCACCUCGCCCUGGUCAAGGAUAUUCUGGAACGUGUUCUCGGGGUUGUGGCAGAAAGCAAGACCCGCUGCACUCGGGAAGAGCGUAAGCUUCUCUUCACCCUGCUUAGCAAGCUCUAUUUUGCCGCGCCGACUCUCCCUUCGCGUGCCGGUUCGCGCGCCCCCGAAAAUCCCGAGGACCAGUUCCGAAGCAGUAUUCGUAGUGCGACUGCUGGUGGCAUCGAGAUUGAUCCCGAGAACACCCAAUUGGCUGAAGAUGUCAAGGAGCUCUUGGACCAGACUAUUGAGGAGGGCAUUGCUGCCGAGGCGUCCAGCCGAAAUGCCCUGGUCAAGACUAAGAACUCUGUCUUAAAGAUCCUCGCUGUUGCGCAAGAUGCUCGCGCGGCCAGCGCGCGCCCCCGCGCAGGCACCGAAGAUGUUGAGAGUGAUGCUGGAAGUGUUCGUUCCGCCAGUGUCCGUCGUUCGGUCGAGCCGACCGCGGGUCGCCGUCAUGUCUCCGUGGAGCCCAGCAUAAUGGAAGAGGACGAAGGCGACCAUGACAACAGCCGAAUUCGUUCUGGUAACGUGAGGCCCUCUGUCGAAGGCAGUGGUCCUAACCGCCCUGUGGUGUCCAUUGAACCGAGCAUCAUGGAGGAGGAUGAAGACGACCAUGACACUAGCCGCGGCACGGUUAUCAAGGAGGAAGCUGUUGAUGAGUGA